UUUGUACUGGGAAUCCUCUCCGGAAAUCCCGGAAAUCCCGGUGUCGUAGGAGGCUAACUGUUAGGCUGACCAUGACUAGUGGAUAUUAGCGACAUAAUUGGAACCAUACGUAGCAUUGCUAUCAAGAUAGACGCGACAAAUAGCGAGAAUGAAUGUCACUGUGGGAUAGUGUAUACCGAUAUCAGUUACAGAGUAAACAUGGACAAGAAGCCCAAGUUGGUGGUCGCCAUUAAGGUAGGGUACGCCUACUCUGGGUAUGCCUACUCCUUCCACGAUGAUUUUAAGCAGAAUCCCUUAAGAAUUGGCACGUUUUCCUGGCACUCUUACGGCAGAUACACUACAUUGAAGACAUCCAGUGCCAUUCUUUGUAAACCAGACGGGACUUUUCACUCCUUUGGCUACUCUGCAGAAGAGCAAUAUAGGACUCUGGGUGAGGGAGCGGAGCAGUGGUACUACUUCAAGACAUUCCCGAUAUAUAACGAGCUCGAUGACACUAGCAACAUGGUUGACGUUACGGGAGAGAAGAGCUUGCUUACUUUGGAUCUGUUUAGUAUGGCGUUGCUAUAUUUACGUGAGAACCUUAUGGAAAAACUGCGCGCCCGGCUGUACCCACUAGACGACACUACUAUAAGUUGGACGAUAGUGACCCAACAGUCACAUAACAAGGCUUUCAUCACGCAAGCGGCGGCACAGGCUGACAUGAAAGAAAAUGUCACAGUUCUUACAAAGAUGGAAGCGGCCCUGACCUACUUGCAGUGUGCGUCAAUGUACAGGGCUAGACCCUUCAAACCCGGAACCAAAUUCCUUCUCUUGGAUGCCUCAUCUACGUCAGUUGAACUGUCUACCUGUGAAAACUCCAGUGGAAAGGUUGUUACAACAAACCCGAUGACAAUGACAGGAGGUGGAAACACGUUGAAUAAUGGUAUCAAAAGUCUGAUUGAGACCGUUCUAGGUGUGAACGACUUGUCCGAACAUGACGACAUCUCGCCACUGAUGAGGGAGUUCGAGUACAAGAAGCGCAAAAUCCAUCCUGGUUCCAAAGAAACCCUCGUACUCCAACUUCCUAGUAGGUACAAGGACGCAAAGCCAGUCAACAAGCGGGUCGUGGGCAAAACAAUUCCGGGGGUAUUGGACGACGCAGAUUUCGAUGGCAAGGUCAAGCUAAAGGACGGCAAAGCCCACAUAGAAUUCGAGGUCAUUCAGGGCAUAUUUAUGGCAUGUGCACGAGAUGUCAUAAGUUCACUGCGAGAUCUCCAACAAAAAUCAGUGUUGAAAGAAGUGAGUUCUAUCAUAAUGAUUGGAGGAUAUUCAUCCUCACUGUUCUUACAGAAUGCAGUCCGCCGGAUCUUUCAUGAGAUAAGAGUUCAUACUUUGUUUGAAUCAAGUAUAGCAGAUCUGAAAGGGGCAGUUAUAUUUGGGCACUCAAAUGGUGUACAAGAGAUCAACAAAUCAGGCCUAUAUAGUCGGGAGAAAAUCCAGCACUAUAUAAAGACGCUUCAGGACCGGACAGAAAAGGCGCGAAAUAUCCGGGUUAUUAUAGUAGGACAGGAAGGUGUUGGGAAAAGUACAUUAUGUUAUCGCUUGUUAGAUGAGGAUGAUGACGUCGUUUCUACGAUUUCCAGUACUGACGGUGUUGACAUAUUUAUACAACGGUUCCUCGUCGAUAUGGUGACAAAGAAACGAGUUAAGCUUGACGCGAACACGGAAACUCAAAAUGUUAAAACGAGGAUUCAACAGGUGCUACUGUUAAACAAAGCGACUGACAAUGUAGAUGAGCUCGAAACUGACCAAGCCGAGCAGCAAGAAAAUUGGGAAACGGUACAAGAACCCAUACAUUCUGUCGACACUGAAAAAAAGAUGCCACAAGCAAAGGUGGUAACGGAGACACCUACGCUGCCACAGUCGGGGAAGCCGCCUUUGUCUGUUGAUGGAGCGACAGACACACUGCUUGAGACCAUAGGGUCUAAUCGGGAUGCACGGGAACACUGGGCAGAUGACAUGGGGACACUCAUAGAUGUUGCGGAUGGUACGGACAAACCAAACGCUGACCAAGCAUAUCUGUCCUUGUGGGACUUCGGAGGGGAGGAGCCGUACUACAAUACACACCACAUCUUCCUGAGCAGCGACGCCAUCUUCCUGGUGGUCUACAACCUGAUGGAGUGUAUCGAGGGAACGGAACAGGUCAUGGACGCUGCCACAAAAAGAAUCAAAUACUGGAUUCGCUCUGCUGUGAAUUACUCGGAGAAGAAAUUAAGCGGAAAAUGCUCCAUAGCAACUCCCCCGGUUAUACUAGUAGGCACACAUUUGGAUCAACUCUCAGGAACGGACCAAGAAAUCGAACAAAAGCUGGACAAAUUUGAAGAGAAAUUGUGCGGGAUGGCAGACUUCCAGGCAAUGAAAAAUCAUAUCUAUGGUUUUCUGGAAGUCAACAAUAAUGUUAGGAACCAUUCGGGAAUCGUACAGCUAUGGAGUGCUAUCACGCAGGUGGCACCAUCGCAAUCGCAGUGGGAGAAGGAAUUACCUGCUCGGUGGCUUACUCUAGAGAGGGAAAUGAUGCGAAGGAAGGAAACUGGGGAAAAGGUCAUGUCGUUUGAGGAUGUCGUCUCUAUUGGAAGAACGUGUGAAGUGGAAAUCAACGACGAAACAGAAAUACACAUGUUCUUAAAAUACCUUCACUACACCGGCAGCAUUUUGUACUUUGGUGAAGAAACGGAGAAUCUUGGUACAAUUUUGGCAAAAACCGUCAUUCUUGAUCCUCAGUGGGUAGCUCAGGCCUUUCGAAAGAUAAUUACUGUACCAAAAUUUGUUGACCGAAAGGACAAAAGAGCGAACUUCUUAUGGAAGAUGUACCAACAGUCUGCCAUUUUGGAUAUGGAGUAUCUGAAGAUCGUUUGGAAACAGGAUAAGAAGAUGUGGUUCUGGAAAUACAAGGCAGUCAUUCUAGCUUUUAUGGAGCGACUAGGUUUGAUCGCCAGACCCAAAAAAGAACAGGAGAAAAGUGUUGACUUUGUGCAAGUCGGAACAGGAAAAGACGAGACAGAAGAAGCCGAAAUUGAAGAAAUCUAUCUCGUCCCUUCCUUACUGUCAGGGAAAAUUUGCUUUCCACGAGAAAUGACCGACAGGUAUGCUGUAAAAACCAGAACCCUAUGUCUCGUCUUCUCAGACAGAUGCGUACCCUUCCCAGUGUUCGACAAACUUCUAGCUGCAUGCAUCGAGAAGUUCAAUGUCCUGAAAGUAGAAGACGAAAUCUGUUUAAGGAGAGGGUUCGGGAUUUUCAGGAUUGACGGUGUUUGGUCAGUAGCGAUCUGCUGUGGCAGCAACAUGAUCAAGGCAACAAUAUUCAAGCAGUCCCCUAUUCCAAAGAUCGAGCCCGGCGCCGGACUGAGAGUGAGGUUGUUUGUGGAAGAGGCACUCAAGAACAUCAUGGAACUGUACGCUCACAGAGACCUGAAGUUCACAUACCAUCUGCAUUGUAAGGCAAAUGUGAACGAAGGGGACGUGACUGUUCCUAAAAUGGAACUCGAACAGCGCAAGCUUCUGCCUUGCUGUUUUUCAUGCGAGGGAGACAAGCACUUCAUCUAUAGACAUGAAUUACAACCAUGGUUCUCUGAAGCCAGACCACCGGUGCAAGAUGAAUACGACGAAGAAUAUGACCUUACUUCAGAGGUACUUGAACAAUGUCCGACAGAAAUGGAAAUGCUUGGGGUGUCCAAACUGAUAGGUGCUGAAUACUUCGAAUUUUUCAUUCUGCUUGGAUUGGAAAGUACGAAAAUUUCCCAAGUAAAUAUCGAAUAUCAGGCAGAAACAAUGCCUGCUAGAUUCCUGCAUAUGUUCUCUACAUGGAAGAAGGCAGAGGGCGAUAAGGCAACGAUCAGGAGAAUCAUGGAUGCAAUGAAAACAUGUGGACUUGAUACAAGCGAAGUUGUUCGAAGAGGAGUGUUCGAAACGACGACACAGGAGUUCUGAUACAGUCAACGGCCCGAGUGAUACUGUCGAAGGAAUUGUGUAUGGACAAAAACAAAAUCAGAACCCAACGGAUGAACCGGUAUGCCCAAGUGGAAACUUCUGAACACUGAGAGAUGGAUACUUUCACAAAGGAAGUCACUCUAAACAAGAAAUGCUCCUUUUGGUUGCUUCUUCUUCCACAUAUACAGUAUAAAAAUAAGAAAUAGGCAAAUUGUUCUAUUAAAUUGAUAAUAUUUCAUAACCAGAUCACAUUGAACCUCCUUUCGUUCCGAUACCUUGAUGUUUACUUCAAAAUUACCCUGUAAACGUGUCUAAAAUUAUCUCCAAACCAAUUUCAACAAAGUCCUCAGAUUGAGAUGAAUUUACUCAAUGACACAAUUAACUCUCAUCUUAUCAUCACUGUAAGUAGCAUCGUGAGUUGAAAAUAGUCAUAAUAAAAGACCAACAGAAGGUAAGCAGAGUUAUAUUAAUGUCUGUCAUGCUUUCACUCAUUUUGAAAAACAUUGUGUCAAUCCGUCAGUCUUAAUUCUGACAAAGCGAUGUUAAUCUCCCACUAAGUUUGGAUUCCGUCUCACCUUAGAUAACGUUUAUUUAUAUCCGUAUGUCGUAAGGUUUCACGUUAUUCACAGGAAAGAACAUGCGUGGGAACAAUCCAAAAUGCAGCAGUGCACUUAAUUAUUUGUGUUCUGAAGCGCUGGAAACCACUAAGCUUAAUCUAAAUUAUAAGUACCUGAACGUUUUUCUCAAACAGACAAAAAACGAAAACAUCUGCACAAAUUUCAAAAAUAUUUAUUUUAAUUGAAAUGGAUUAUAAAAUGUAUUGACUGAGGAAAACGUAUUACGAAUAUAGACUUUUUUUCUGAAAUCAACCUGUGAUCAGAUAUCGUGUUCAAAAUGUACCUGUUACUGCAAGUGGUCAGCUUGUUCAAUAUAGCCGAUACAUGGUAAUACAUGUCAGGAGUUUUGAUGUUAAACUCCAUGUUUGUCAAUACAUGUAUAUGCCAUCGCUAUAAAAUGUAGAGAAAAUAAGCAAUGCACAAUAUCAGUCUUAUUUAAUUGUCAUGCAUAUAUUUGAAAUAUUACUAAUAUAAAUAAAUUUCUAUGUUAUGAAUGAAACGAUAUGAUUUAUCCAUUCCAAACCGAAUAUCAUUAACUCAUUAAAGUUUAAUGCAAACAAAUAAACAGCAUUACUUAAUAAAUCAUUCUGUGUUACGACAAAAGUAUUCAUAAAAUGUUUUUACAACUAGAGAGACAGAAACUAUAGUCAAUAAGAAGGGCCUUCGUACGCGCCCCAUCAAUACCUAAAUCGCAUGGCAUCAUAAAAGCUACGGCCUACCCUGUCGCGAGCGAAAAAGCUAUUGCAUGCGAAAUUAUAAUAUAACAGCAAAAUUCUACAUCAUGCCGCGUUAUUAAUUUUGCAAAGUGUAAUUUGGUAUUCCUAGCCUAUGCCUUGAUCAGAAUGUAUAACGCCUGGUUCGAAAAUGAUGGAAAAAUAUCUUUGCGGACCAAUCAUCCUGCUUUUAUUAUUUUCAUAAACCUUUCCUACUUCGAGAAAUGUGUCUUUGAAUCAUGAGUUAUGUAUUAUGUGGUAAUGAACGCAUAUAUUGUUUCUUAAAUAGUUUGUGAAACUAUCGUUAAUCUGCUCAAAUGUGAUGAUCUCGUCAGCGUCCUGUUUUUAUAUCUUUUACAUUUAUCUUUAAGCGUCAACAAAAAGGUUUUAUUAUUAUGUACAUUGUAUGUUGUUUCAGAAAAAAACCAUAAUAACGUUAUUUUGUAUUUUUUUAACACAAAUAAACUGCACUGGUGUUGCAUUACGCUAAUGUUAUAUAGUUAAUAUUUAUGUGAAAGAUAUGCAACUUUGACCACCAAGACAGACAACAGCGAAGUUUGACUGUUUACUAUUUUGAUAAAUAAAAGAUGACAAACAAAACGCAAACUUGUUCUCGUCCUUUGUCAUAUCAUAUCUGUAUAAAACAUUAGAAACAACAAUACUAAAGUAAGCAUUUGUACGAUUUCAGCUACAUACACAAUAACGACGCUCUAUAAUCCAGAACUUAAAUGUUUACAUUUAAUUGAACCAUUGCUUAAAAUAAAUAUGAAUAAAUAAAUACGCCCAACAACCUAACACUUAAUGGGCCAGAUUAAUUUCAUUUCUCGUUCUACAUUCUUGUUAGACAUCCAUCUGAGGUCAAUCAGUUGAUGCAUAAAAAAGUAAAAGGUUUCUUUGCAUCAGACGAC